AUGGAGGAAUUUGUUCGGCAGGCCGAGGAGAAGGAUAUACCUAGAAGUCUCCGUGAUAGACUCGAGUUUUCGACGAAAGGCAAUCGACUUUCCUCAAGACAAAGACGAGAUAUCAAAGAUUCCAGGGAUAGACCGCUUACCCUCGUGUAUAAGACGCGCCUGCUCUAUAAGGAGAUGAUGCAGCAACGAGACAACCAUCCUCAAGACCCGAAUCAUGAGAACGUGAUUGACAUAAGCCGAGAUGAAGAUGAUGGGCAGGAUGAAAUCAUGCUUUAA